GCAAGGAGAAUGCAGAUCUUCGUGAGGAGCGAAUCAUCGUCCUCGUGUGUGGAGGUGGGGCGCUCGGCCACCGCCGGCGAUGUCAUCCAGGCGCUGCUGCCCCGGGCAUCGUCGCACGACGCUUUCUAUCUCUCUCACGGAGGUAAGCUUCUCGGCCAUGGCCGAUCGCUCCAGGAAUCCGGUGUGGGCCGCUGGAGCACGCUCCAUUUGGGGGUCAGGGUCAGGGGCGGCGGUGGCGAUGGCGGUGCCACGGGCGCCGAGUCGAGGGAUUGCUACCUCAAGAUGUACGCUGAGAAGAAGCCUGAUAAGGUGGAUCCAAACGAGGCUAGGCUAGCGAGAUGGUGCCAGUGUGCUCUCUCCUGCGAUUAUCUCCGGCCGCCCUGCGUCAUGGAUCCUCUCGGGAAUCUCUACAACAAGGAGGCUCUUGUUCACGCGCUCAUCACCAAGUCCCUCCCCAAGAAAUUCCGGCACAUCAGGGGUCUCAAGGAUCUCACGCCGGUUCACCUCUCGGCGAUCCCCGGAGUGGAUCCCGACGACGAACACGUCGAGACCAAGUUCCAGUGCCCGGUUUCGGGGCAGGAGUUCAAUGGCAAGUUUAAGUUCGUGGCGCUCAAGAACUGCGGCCAUGUCUUGAGCGUCCGAGCGCUCAAGGAGGUGCAGUCCUCGUCGUGCUUGGUCUGCUUCGCGGAGUUUAAAGCCGAGGACAAAAUCCCUCUCAAUGGCACCGACGAAGAAGUUGGCCUGCUCCGCGAGAGAAUGGAGGCCGAGAGAGCGGCGGCCAGGCGCGUUACCAGGAAGGAGAAGAGUGGCGAAUCCAAGAGCAACGGUGUAGCAGCGAUCGAAUCGAUCGAAGGUGGCAGUGGCGAAGACGAGACCAACAGUAGCAAGAGGAAGGAUGCUCCUCCUCUCACUCACUCGUCUACGAUGAAAGCGGUGGCAAAGAAAGCCAAGCCUCUUCUUCCAAUCCCGGCCAACGCCACCAAAGAGAUUUACCAGUCCAUCUUCACGUCGUCGGGGAGCCGCAGCAACCUCAAAGAGACUUACUCAUGCCGAGCUCUCCCUCUCGCACGAAACUAAAGCUUGAAUGUAAGUUAUUAGUCAUACACACGCCUUGGCUGCCGUCGAUCCAUGGGUUCGAUCCAACGGCGUAGCUACGAUCAUUUGAAAAAAUAAAACGCUUCCAAGGGUU